AGGCAUUUAUAAUUUCCCUAUAUAUAGUACCACUCAUGCAUGCUGGCUCUACCAUCCUGCACGCUAAUUAGCUUUUGCUUUGCAUUACAUACGAGAAACCAAUAUGCAGGGACUCACGAUCAUGAGAAACAUUUCCCCCGCAAUGAUAUUUGUUUUUGUGAUCCUGACCUUUGCCUUCGUCCAUGAAUCCAGCGCCCAAGAUUCACCACAAGACUACGUCAACGCUCACAACGCAGCUCGAUCACAGGUUGGAGUCCGACCUAUUACUUGGGAUGCUACCGUUGCGACAUUUGCACAGAAUUAUGCUAAUCAACGUAAGGGUGAUUGCAGACUUCAGCACUCGGGUGGCCCUUACGGUGAGAAUAUUGCAUGGAGCAGUGGUGACCUCUCGGGAACGGCUGCCGUUAACCUUUGGGUAGGAGAGAAGGCCGCCUACAACUACAACUCUAAUUCAUGUGCUGCUGGCCGCCAGUGCGGCCACUAUACUCAGGUGGUUUGGCGCAAUUCUGUGCGCCUUGGCUGUGCUAAAGUCAGAUGCAACAAUGGCGGCACCUUCAUCACUUGCAACUAUGACCCCCGGGGCAACAUUGUCGGGCAGAAGCCUUACUAAUUAAUAAUUAGAGCUUUUCGUUGCUUGUAGUUCCUGAUCAAAGCAAGCAUGCAUGCAUCUACGAGUUUAAUUUUAGAGGGUGACCUUAAAUAAGUCAUGUAAUAUUGGCACCAAACUCUGAAUAAAUAAAGUGAAACUCGUGAAGUAAUAUUAUAUAUGAGGAUCAGGUACUCAUGCAUCGACUUCGUUUGCAUGGGCUGCCUGUUUUUUCCCGCA